GUUGUGAUCUUUCGAAAAGGCUAUCCGUAUUUAUCGAUACGUCAAGUGGUCGUUAUCUUUGAAGAAGACUAUUCGAUUUAUCGAUCCUGUCAAGAGGUCUUGAUCUUUAAGUUCGAUACC